CGCACUUACCCCUUCGACCGCGCUCACGAAAAGAAGAGGCAGAGCGGCGAGCGGGAGAGGAGGCGAACAGGGCGCGGCGCAGAGCUUCCGGCGGCGCAGCAACUUAGUGGAUUGGUCAGCAGAUCUGAAGGUCUGUGGAUCGGAGGAUGGAUUCGGAGCAGGCAGAUCAAAGCACCAUGGUUGAAGAAACAAAGAAGAAGUAUAGUAGAGAUUACUUGACAUGGACAGAUGAGAUGGAUAAGGUAUUGUUGGAUGUCUUUGUUGAACAUCACAACAUAGGUGAUCAGGGCCAAAAUGGAUGGAAGCCACAUGUCUACACUGCUGCUAUAAAGGCAAUACGUGAUAAGUGUGGACUGCAUGUCACAAAGGAGAAAAUAUGUUCAAGGAUGAAGACUUUUGACAAGCAUUAUGCUACGAUUAGCAAGAUUCUUUCUCAGAGUGGAUUUGGUUGGGAUUGGGUCAAUAACAAGCUACUCAUGGACAGUGAUGAUGUGUGGAACAAAUAUGUGCAAGCUAAUCCGAAGGCAGCUUGUUACAAGAACAAAGAAGUGAAGAAUUGGGAGGCAAUUUGCACAAUAUACUCCAAAGAUCAUGCAACCGGUGAAGGUGCAAUGACAGGUGCUGAAACUGAAGCGCAACCAACAGAACCUGAUGUAGUAGCCGUCGAAGACUCUCCUGAAAUGCCACAAAAAAGGCAGCGAACAGGUGAUGCUAUCUUGUGCAUGCUUGGAGACAUGAAAUGUUCUUUUCAAGAUGCUUUGAAAUCACUUGAGCCACUUGAACUGCCCAAGGUUACCCCUCCUCUUGAAAUCCUUGCUGCCCUUGAAAAGAUCCCAGAGUUGGCUCGUUCUGACAUGUUGCGAGCAUAUGGUAAACUCAUCCUUAGUGAACGCUUAUUUCAAGCGCUUAUGGAGUUGCCCAUGGACUUUAGGAAGGAAUGGUUGCUGAUGCUCAAUGAGAAGAACAACAUUUGAGUAGUUUCAAGUGCUUAAUAAGUGUUGUUUCUUGGUUCCAUGUAAUAGCUAUGAACUUGAUGGACCAAUUACUAUGUUAUUGUUACA